ACUGUCAACUCUAAAUGACGAAAAGUGUUGUCUGUCGCAAUAUAACGAUACCGACAUUACAAGUCGUGAUAAAAAGAAAAUCAAAACAACAUUUUGAUAUUAUUUAUGUUCGACUGUCUUUGGGUCUGUUUGAAUUCGUACCAACUUUUACAGAAAAACCAAAAUGUCAGGCUUUUUGGACAACUGUCAUCUCCCAGACUGUGAAUGUCUUCAACUCGGGGACAGGAGGAAUUUGGUUGCUUCUGUUAUCUCUGGUGUUCUGUUUUUCAGUGGCUGGUGGAUUGCCAUUGAUGCCGCAGUGCAGUACCCGAGUCAGUCGGACCUGCAUCACGCCUGCCAUACAUGCGGGGCUAUAGGGACAUUGGCAUUCUUUUUGAUAAAUUCAGUGUCCAAUGGGCAGAUCAGAGGGGAUAACUACGGUACAGGUUGCCUCGGACAAACAGGUGCAAGAGUGUGGCUGUUCAUCGGUUUCCUGCUCGGGUUUGGUGCCCUGAUUGCAGCUUCUUGGAUUCUAUUCGGACUUUAUGUUGUCCCUGAUAAAAGUCCAGAGUGGGCUGGUAUUGCAAUCUUUUUGCAAAAUGCUCUUAUAUUUUUCAGCGGAAUGGUGUUUAAGUUUGGUCGAGCAGAAGAUUUGUGGGAAUAACUGAUUUCUCUACUAACAGCUCUUUAUACUCUUCUUUUCGAUAUUGUUCAAAUUUGGGAGAACAGAAGAUUUGUGGCAGUAAGAUCUGUGCUUUUGUGAACAGCUGCUAACAGCCGUGAUGAUGGACUGUGAACACCAGUUGUGAACACAAGAAAAUAAUUGUGAACAACAAUCCUUUGAAUUGAAAUUGAUAGAUAAACUGUAUGAAUCACACAGAACAAUUGUGAAUAAUAGAUUACCAUGCCUGAAUGAAGCUUUAAACAUUGUUAAAAUAUACAUGUUUUUUCUCAUUUCGAACAAAACCUGAGCACACUUAAUGGUCAUUCAGUGUUUAAAGUUACCUCUCUAUUUAUGAAUAUAGAAUACAGAUCUUUAGGACAUGGAAUACACAUCCCUAGAACAAAGAAUACACAUUCUUGAAUGAUUUUUUUUCUCUGUCUUCUGAACAUGGAGUAUAUAUAUAAAUACACAUUAACAGAGUAGUAUAGUUAAGAAAAACAUUAAAUCUUUCUAUACCUUAUAUUACAUUUGAAUUUACAAUAGAUUAAGAAGGCACUUGCAAGUUCUAUGUUCAAUUUAAGUUUUGCCUUUGGUAUAAAUAUAUUAUCAUUUCCUGAUAACAUUCAAGAUUGACUUAUAUUGACUGUUUUAUGAGGGGUUUAAUAUCAAUGCAGAGGCCAGUAAAUGUUUUGUUUACUUUAAAGGUAAAAACUGAGUUAAACACACUGAUAUUGUUCAGUCAAAAGCUUUGCUAACAAUAUAAGGCAACCUGUUAAUUAAAAACUACAACAUCAGUCAUAAGAAUGAGACUGGGUGAACAUGCCCAAUUUCCAACACUAGGGCUUGGCAUCAACAUUCUUAAGAAGCCUUCUAUAUAAAAUCCAGAAUUAGAGCAAGCCCGGGAAGCAUUUUUCCAGUGCAGGGCUUGUGGGCUUGUGCUAAUUUCGACCACUUGAAUCAACAAGCCUGAAUUCUUACACUAGUGUUCGGCAUCAAAAGUUGUCAACAAAAUUGGCCAAAUGAAGUCCAGAAUUUGAGCGAGCCCCAAAAGCCUUUUACCAGUACACAGCCUGUGGUACUUUGGACCACGGCAGUAUGACUUUUCUACCAAAAUGAAAUAUUUCCUUUGUAAAAUAAAACUCAAAAAUCGAAAUUUUUAUAAAUGAAAAUAAAAAUGCUUCAACUGAAUGUGUGACCAUAGACCUCUGUGAAAUAGUCCUGUGAUGAUAUUGCAGGCAUUAUCUUUUACCCUAUAAGAUAGUAAAAGAAAUUGAUAUGUAUGUAACGUAUAGUAGGCCUUAUUUAUAAUGAAGUGAACUUAGUUGAAAAAUUUGAUUUCUCUUAGUUGAAUUUAAAGAAAAUUACCAAAAUUAUGAAAGUAAGUAAAAAUAGUCAUGGUCAAAAUAGUUUAAACAUAUAAUUAAUGUAAAUUAAAAAUGUUUUUAAUUGUUGAGGGCAUUCAAAAUAUUAUUAAUCAUACAAAUUCAUCGAAUAGAAUUUUUUGCAAUAAGUUGCAUUAUGAACGGUGAAUUACGCCCCCUGACAUGAUAUUAUGUUUGUUAACUAAGUGUUUUAUGUUAAUAUAAACAUUGUAAGCUUUAGUAUCAAGUGCUGAUUAUGUGUUUGUGUCAUAGUUCGGACCACCAUCUGUUUGGUAUUUAGAUCCAACUAUUUUAUAAGGCCACACCAAUGUCAUUUUUGUUUGUUAGGUUAUGGCCAAGAAAAAUUGAAGCGUGUGGAAAGAUUUUUGUUAAUUUUGUUCGCGUUUCAUUUAAAAAUAAGACAAGAUGAAGUUGAUAACUUUUGUUGAUGCCUAGUUUGUAUUUCGAAUUAUAAUUCUGAUGAACUAACAAGUUAUUUAAGUAUAAAUCUGAGAAAGUAACUGUCAAAGGCUUCAUUUCAUAUUACAGUUUCAGUCCUUCAAAAUGUUAUACUAUAAUAACUGUUUUUGAAUUGUAUGGUACAGGAACAACUUUGUCUGAGGGUGUUUUUUGGUGAAAAAUAGUAGCAGUCGCUAAAAAUAAUAAAAUCUGGUAAGUGAAAAAAUAUCAACUUGGCAUGGCACAACUUCAUAAAAUCAUAAUAAACAUUUUUGACAUAAGCGUAUUAAUUGACAUAUAAAACAGGGUAGAUAUAUUGUUUAUUCAAUCGGAUAAGCUAGACACAGCCUUGUUUGUAUAUGAAGAAUAUGGAUUGCAAAUGUUAAAAUGUUGACUUGGGUUUUUCAAGUACCUGUAUAUAAUUCAUUGCUUAUAAUUUAUUGCAUUCAAUAAAUUAACACAAUGCUAUUCAUUUCCUUAUUGCCUCUUGAAAUUUUAGUGAAAAUGUAAUAAUAGAACACUUACGAUCAUAUACAUGUAUCCCUUUUAUUAAUACUAUUAGUAUCCAUAUUGCAUAGGAAAAUAACCAAGACAUUGCCGCCUACAUUUUUAAGUUUAAGAAUAACAUUUUGUUAGCACAUAUAUGCAUUUUCCCCAAACAGUUGUUUGUACAAUUCACACUGUUAUGUUAUUUAAUGUUCAUUUUUAUUUCUUGAGCAUAAUGUUGUUAUUUUAGAUAUUCCUUUAAAAUAAAGUCUUUAGACGUUU